AGAGAGCUCUGUGUGCACGUCUCAGAAGGACAGCGAUGCCAGGACUACGGACUCUACCCCCGUCUCCGCUGGAGUGUCUUUAAGUGGAUUGUACCGUGCAAACAAGCCCGCUUUCAUCCUGGAUUGUUCCUAGAUGCUCCACAACCUCCUCUCUCCGCAGCCGUUUAACCAUUAACCCUGAAGGAAAGAAAAAAAAAAGAGAAAAGAAUGAAAAAGAAAUUCUGGUGCUGUGUCUCACUAUGCCUGGGGAAAUGCCACGGGGAAGACUUCCGCCUGUCAUCUUCACUUUAGGUUAAUUUCUCAGCCCAGGCAAUGGUUUCUGGGGAGUCUGGGCUUUCAUAAGGGGCACCUCCACCCACACGUGCCAGAGAUAAACAGCUGUCCUGGGCCAUGACCGCUCUGCUUGCCAACAUCAGUGCUCCUGGCAGCACAGGAUUACUGCUGCCGACCACAGACAGCUCCCCGAACCUGACAGCAGCCGCCCAGUCAGGGGCCGGCCGGCUGCUGGCCCCUCUGUGCACCCUCUGUUGCUGUGGCCUCCUCAAUCGCACCCUGGCAGUGGUGUUUAUGGUCAGCCUUGCCUUCGCCAUCGUGGUCGGCAAUGUGAUCACCCUCACUGUCUUCAUGCAAACAAGGCAGUCCCAAACGCCACAGGGAUACUUAAAAGUAUCCCUGGCCAUAGCGGACAUGAUGGUGGGUGUCCUUGUGGUGCCGUUCUCGGUCUACACCGAGAUUUCUUUGAUGGUAACCAGCACCCCUCCGGCUUGGUACCAGGGUACUUCUAUGACCUCUGCCGCCUCACUGGGUAGGAUCACGGGUCCUUGGCAGCCCUGCAUGCUCAUUGGCCCUGUGUUCGCCGGAUGCACCUUUGUCUCUAUCAGCACCAUCUUUCUCAUGACGGUGGAGCGAAGUGUGGCUAUCCUGAAGCCGCUGCACAAAGACACCUUGGUCACCCGGAGAAGAACUCUGCUCCUCAUACUCCUCUCCUGGGCAUCAAGCUUCCUGCUGGCGCUCGCACCCCUCAUUUUCAGCAAAAACUUUACUUUGGAGUACAACGAGUGCAGCCGCAUGUGUAUCUACACCCCCCUGUGGUUUGGAGGCCAACUGCCGGCGGACGCCAACAUCCUGCUGCUGUUUCCAGCGUUCGACUUCACGCUGCUGGGUGGGACGUUAGCGGUCAACAUCCUGUCCUUCACCAGCAUCCGACGCUACACCCGGAAACGCAAACUGCUUUCGGAGGGCAGCCUGGGCGACGGGGGAAGCGGAGGAGGGGGAGGCUGUUCUCACAGGCCUUCGUUCUCAGACAUCAAGGCAGCCAAGACUAUCAGCAUACUAACGUUUGCCUUCACGGCGUCCUUCACUCCGAUUGCAGUCUUUGUGGUGGGGAACGUGGUGGGAUACACGUGGUGUAACUUUUCCUUCUUUGCCUUCUGGAUUCUGACGGGAAACAGCUGCUGUAACGUCAUCAUCUACAGCGUGAGGGAUCAGCGCUUCCGGAAGGGCGUGACCCUGUUGUUUCAGAGGGACCGGUCACUCCCGCAUGGGGAUAAGAACUGAGGGGGAAUCCAAAAACCAACCAACAAACUUCAUUUGUUAAUUUUUUUGGUUUUGGGCUGCGGUCUAUUAAAUGCAGAUAAAUCCUGCAGUGACGCUCACGCAAAGGCACUCAAGUAAAGAGAUUAGCCCCCCCCCCUUUCCCCCCAAUUGUAUCCGGCCAAUUACCCCACUCUUCCGAGCCGUCCUGGUCGCUGCUCCACCCCCUCUGCCGAUCCGGGGAGGGCCGCAGACUACCACAUGCCUCCUCCCAUUCAUGUGGAGUCACCAGCCGCUUCUUUUCACCUGACAGCGAGGAGUUUCACCAGGGGGACAUAGCGGGUAGGAGGAUCAUGCUAUUCCCUCCAGUUCCCCCUCCCCCCGAACGGGUGCCCCUACCGAUCAGAGGAGGUGCUAGUGCAGCGACCAGGACACAUACCCACACCCGGCUUCCCACCCGCAGACACGGCCAAUUGUGUCUGUAGGGACGCCUGACCAAGCCGGAGGUAACACGGGGAAUCAAACCGGCGGUCCCCGUGUUGGCAGGCAGUGGACUAGACCGCUAUGCUACCCAGAUGCCCAAGAGAUUAGCUUUUAAAGAUGGAAAUUGUCACAGUUAUCUCUCCAUCAUUGAGAAUCAUCCGCAUUUUGAAUGGAAAUCAAAGCACGCCUAAGUUCUGUAACUGUUCAAUCCCCUCCUCGGACCCGUCUGUGGAUCUGAUGAAUUGUAGUCUAUGCAUGGCAUGAUAACACGGUUAUCAGGAUUGGCCAAGCACAAGCAGCAACACAGCAAGGCAGCUGUCAUGGGGCCGUCAUCAGUUAUUACUGCCAGUUCAUCAGUUCAUCUGCAAUCAGCCCCCCACCCCCGACCCGGUCUGCCUCCAAACUUGUGUGACUGUCAGGUCAAACCGCUUUCCUGUGGCUUUACAUCAAAGAGGGCUUCAGCGGCCAUCUUACUGACUUCAGGGACCAACCAGAUUUCCAGGGACUUUGCUCAGCUCAGUAACUGCGAGGCACGGAAUUCUGUUCUCGACUCAGUUACAGGCGUCCACGACGUGAUAUAAGGGGACGUCGUUGAUGCGUUUAGAUAUCUUGUACGUGCCCCCCGCUUUGCGUUUUAAGAACUGUAAUUACGCGGCUAAGCAAAGACACGGCUACGGAUUCGACCUCGGCCUCGAUGGGUCACGCUCACGUCUUGUUUUGCUCUGCGGAGAGUUGAAUCUGCCUCAAAGAUCUGAAAUGCACUUUAUCAUGAGAUUAUUUGGGUUGUACAAUAUAGCUAUCAUCUGCACUGUAUUAUGUGGCAUUCAAUGGCGUUAAUUUUGCACAGAUUUCAUGGUUCCUGAUGGCUCCAUUUCAGUUUUUGUGAUAAUGCAAUGCUUGCUUUUUUUUUGUCUAAGCAAACGCGAAUGAGAUACGUUUAUAUCAGCCAUCUACAGUAAAGACUCAGUAGAUGGGGCGGCCCACAGACAACAUAAAUAGUAUUAUAUUUUGACCUAAUAGCUACAGUAUUAAAUAAAGAGCAAAAAAUAUAUGAUUUGUUUAUUAACAUGUGACAUUUUAACAGUAAUUUGACAUUUCUGGUGUAAAAAUGUGCUGUUUCGAGAAUACAAUUCAGUAAUAUGAGGUAAUCUUGCAACGAAGGGAAAGUCAAUUUAUAAUGCAAAAACUAUUUUCGUACUUGGGAAAACGGCUGGAACUUAUUUUGUUAGCUUUCAUUUGCUGUGUUUAUUCAAUGAAAAAAUAAAUCUGCAAGCAUGACAGAUAAAAGUGAAACACACAAAGACACAUGUUUCGAUGCCAGAUUCAGCUUCAUGGUGAGUUGCUUACAGAUCAGUGUAAACACGCAGUUGCAUGUACCAUGAAGUGCCCAUGGGAACUGACAGAUGGAGAAUCCAGUGAGCAGAAGAGUAGGCAGAUGUACCAAAAGCUAAUGUAAUACAUGUCAAAUCGACAAGAGGAAAACAUCAGGGAAUCAUCGGCAAAUAAAAUCCUGACGUAUUCUGCCUGGCAACUUGGACUGAAUGGACGAGUAUCUGCGGUAAUGAUACCCAAAAUGUAUUAUAAGCCAUGGCCAUAUAAUUGUUAAAUAGAAACUGUACUGAUUGUUUUAAAGAUUAUAUAAAUGUAUCAUAAUCAUGGACAAGGGCAGUUUAUACACGUCUAUUCAACAUUUGUGCGUUAAGAUAAGUAACUCUUACUUUGCUGAUAUUGAGACACUGUGUGAAGUUGUACCGGUACUGCAUUGUUCAUAUGGUGAUGACGUCAGAUUUGAUUACAAUAAACGUAUUUUGGAACUUUUCUUCGUUUGUCAGUUCAGCGCGGCCCGGCUAAGUGGCAGUAAUGCAUGGGGACAGGCCUGGAUGUCUUUCAGCUCGCUGCUGUAAAAUUCACAGCCUCAGCAGUUACACAAGCAGCAGCGAAACCACUUCAGCCUCUCUGCAUUUUCUCCAGAAUGUUCUUCCUUCGACCCCGUUGGGAUUGGACUUGUCAUGUUAUGUGACGCGUAUAGGGGGAAGGGGCUCUUUGCCAGCUGUGGUCACACGA